UGCUCCUCUUGGCGUCAGGCUAAGAGAGAAACACUUUACUGCCCACCAUCACCGGUCGACAUCAUGAGCAGCAUCGUUCAGCACCCCUGCGUUGGUCGGACGCCAGCUGCUAGGAUGCCCAAAUCUGUGACUCGUGAAAGCAGUGGGACCUCCAGAAGCAGCAGCAUCAGCAGCGACAGCAGUGGUUCUGGAGGGAACAUCCGUUCUCUCCUAUCCAUGAGUGAGAGCGUGCACGCUAAUCUGAGCAGCUUCUUUCCAGAGCAAGCACUGGAGAAGGAAAAAACCCGUCAGCGGAGUCAUCAGCUAGAAGAGAUAAAGCGCCUAAAAGAGGUUCAUGCUGCUGCUCAGCUCAAAAACCUAGAAGAUUUUCUGAAGAUAAACCGAAUCUCUCUCAAAGACAGUUUGGCACAUACUACGGGGAUGAUUUACAGAAAUAUGGGAAAAUCAGGCCUGAGGGUGUCCUGUGUUGGAUUAGGUACAUGGGUUACCUUUGGAGGCCAGAUCACAGAUGAGGUGGCAGAGGAAAUGACAACUUUGGCAUAUGAGAGUGGAAUCAAUCUGUUCGACACAUCUGAAGUAUAUAACUGUGGAAGGGCAGAAGCCGUGUUGGGAGGCAUUAUAAAGAAGAAAGGGUGGAGGCGUUCCAGUCUCGUUAUCACUACCAAAAUCUUUUGGGGAGGAAAUGCAGAAAUGGAAAGAGGACUUUCUAGAAAACAUAUAAUUGAAGGUCUGAGAGCAUCACUGGACAGACUUCAACUAGAGUACGUGGACGUUGUGUUUGCAAAUCGACCAGAUCCAUACACACCUAUAGAAGAGACAGUAAGGGCAAUGACCUAUGUAAUCAACAGGGGGAUGGCUCUGUACUGGGGAACAUCACGAUGGAACUCCAUGGAGAUUAUGGAGGCGUAUUCUGUAGCACGACAGUUCAACCAGAUCCCACCCAUUUGUGAACAGGCAGAAUACCACAUGUUCCAAAGGGAAAAGGUGGAAGUGCAGCUCCCACAGCUUUACCACAAAAUAGGCAUUGGAGCUGUGACCUGGUCUCCAUUGGCAUGUGGGAUAAUCUCGGGAAAAUAUCGGAGUGGAAUACCAUCUUCUGCACGAGCGUCACUUAAGGGAUAUGAAUGGAUGAAAGACAAGAUAAUGAGUGAGGAGGGUCACCGGGAGCAGCGUAAACUGCAGGAACUAGAAACCGUCGCACAGCGACUACAGUGUACCUUGCCACAACUUGCUAUUGCGUGGUGCCUGAGAAAUGACAAGGUGAACUCUGUGCUGCUGGGGGCUUCCAGACCCGCUCAGCUGCUGGAGAACAUCAGAGCCUUACAGGUUCUUCCAAAGAUAACAACGUCCAUUGCAUCUGAGAUUGAUUGCAUCUUGAAAAACAAGCCCCACUGUAAAAACGGUUUCAGAUUUUCAAAGGAGCACUGAUAGGCUGCUGCAGACCCAGGGCAUGGCAGGAUUUUGAUCCGGUGUAAUUCAUGCACACGUCACUGUUUUUAAAAGAAAACAAGCGACUGAAAACAAAUAA